AUGCAUUUAAUUUUUUACAGGAUUAUAGUAUCAUUUUUGAUUUGACGCCUUGUCCAUUUCAUACCAAUUUAAUGAUGUAUGGUUGUUGUGUAGUCAUGAUAUACAGUGGACAGAAAGACAAAAGUGGUACACUGAUGAAUUCAAUCAUAAUACAAAAAAUAAAAAAAUAAACUAAUCCUACAAUGAUCUGUUAUUUAAACCAAAUAAUCUUAUAGUUGGUAUCAGAAAUCCACUUACUUCAAUAAUGGCUACAUCUGAGCUAAUGGAAUCUGCUAAAUUAAAUGUUCAAGAAAUAAGUUUCAGUGAUAAAUUACCAGAUGAACAAGCAUUGAAACGAUUUCUUUCUAAUUAUUUACCAUUUUCUCUCAUGAACUUACCAAAUUCUAAUAUAUUACAUCUUCGAAAUGAUUUAUCAAAUGUUACUCCUAUGAAUACAAUGAUAACACCAAUAUCAAAAUCAUCAAUGACUACAACAAAUAGCUCGACAGUAACAUCACUGUCCAACACAGAUAUGAAGUUGAAAAAUGCAAAUUUGCCAUUAGACUGUCCACUUACAUUCAAUCCAAAUAUUUACGCUCGAGAAUUCAAACAUGAUACAAAGAAUGGUGAUGAACACAGAAUGAACUAUAUAAAUCCUCAAAUUAGUUUAUACAAUGACGUAAGUAAUCAUAACCAUAAUAAACAAAGUAUGAACGUAUUGAACACCAAUUCCGGUCCAACAUAUGAUUGGAUGUUAAAUCCACAAAAAUUAUUAUCCUCAUUAAUGAUGGCAAAAGCUGAUCGUGUAAAUAUGGGACCAGAUUACGAUGAAUAUCAUAUGUUGCCAAAACCUUCAAUAUUUGGUGUAUUAGAUAAAUUAACAAGUCCUGACUUAGCAAUCAGUGAACAAAGUAAUAUUAAUCAAAAGGAAAUUAAAUCAUUUAUGUCUUCAACGGCCACAUUUCCCGUUGUAUCUACUCCAUCAAAUGCUGCUAGCAAUACAAUGAGUAACUCUAGAAUAGCAUCACCCAUUAAAGUAAGUAGUUUAUUAAGUGAAACACAUCAAUCAACUUAUGCUACUAGUACACCAAAUAAACCUCUUAAAAAUAACAAACAAGAAACAGAUUUUAAAUCUUCUAAUGAUCUUACAAAUGAAUCACUUCAAACUAGUUCCUUGCCGUUUUCAUCUCAAGAAAUCAUUCGAGUAUGUCAGACAUUUGAAGAAGCAGGUGACAUUGAACAUCUUAGCCGAUUUUUAUGGUCACUUCCAUUGAAUCCUAAUUUGUGGGAAGUAUUAAAUAAAAGUGAAGUAAUUUUAAGAGCUAGAGCACUUGCAGCAUUUCAUACGAGAAAUUUUAGAGAAUUAUAUGCUAUUUUAGAAAGACAUACAUUUUCCAAAUCGUCCCAUGUUAAACUUCAAGCCUUAUGGCUUGAAGCACAUUAUCAGGAAGCAGAAAACCUUCGUGGUCGUCCACUCGGUCCAGUUGAUAAAUAUAGAGUAAGAAAGAAAUUUCCUAUGCCUAGAACAAUUUGGGACGGCGAACAAAAAACACAUUGUUUCAAAGAGCGUACAAGAGGUUUACUACGUGAAUGGUAUCUUCAAGAUCCUUAUCCAAGUCCAGCUAAAAAACGUGAAUUAGCUAAUGCAACUGGUUUAACUCCAACACAGGUUGGUAAUUGGUUCAAAAAUCGGCGACAACGUGAUCGUGCAGCAGCAGCUAAAAAUCAGCAAUUGGAUAACUCUGACAGUGAUGGUGAACCGGAUAAUGAAAUAAGUUCAGAUGAUACAGACAGAAAAGAUAAUGAUGAUAAUGAUGAAAGGAAAAGAAGAAGAAGGACUACAUCACAUUCUGAUUCGUCAAGAUUUCAAACCGCUUUUAAUGUUAAUCGUUUCUGUAUACCAAUUACAGAAGAAAAGUUAACAAAAGAAAAAUGUGAAAAUUAUGACAAAGAUGAAUAUGACAGUGGUAUAAAAUGCAAUCAAAUUCGUCGUAAUUCAUCACCACAUGAAGGCGAAAGUGAUAUAUGGUCACCGGGUUCAGAUAAUGAUAGCUUUUUGGCUACAAAAAGAGAACGAAAUUAUGAAAUAAAUCACGAAUAUGAUAAUCAUUUAAAUUUUGCUAAUCCUAAAAAACAAUGUUUAACUCAUGAAACAAUGAACUUAAAUGAAAAUAAAGUGAGUCAAUCACCAACAUUAGGACAAAAAUCUUCGAAUAUUCAAUCUAGUAUUUUCACUGAUAACAAGGUAAAUGAUGUUAACUCACCACCAAGAAAUAUGUUUAAUUUACCUCUUGAUAUAUCUGGUUUAGAAGGAAAUACGCGGGUUACAUUUUCUAAGCUUACAUCACAGCGUACUGAUUUUUCACAUAGCAAUGCAAUUAACGAUUUAAAACCUUCUGAACCAAUAAAUUAUCCACCAACGAUAUCAGUUCCACGACCUAUGAAUUUAAACCUCUUCAAUCGAUUUGAAUAUCCAUCAACUACUAAUCGUGAUAACUUAAAUAUUAGUGACGCUUUGAAAUAUUCCAACCUAAAUUUUUUCAAUAUUAGUCCUUCUAAAACAAAUUCUAAUUCACAAAUUUCUUGUGAUAUUACAAAACAAUCGAAUUCAAUGAAAGAUCCUAAUGAAAUACUUCGGAAAAUGCACAAUCCUGAACAGUUAUUUUCUCCAAUAUUUACAUCAUUCCCUCCAUUAUUAUCCAAUUCUAUAAAGCCUUCUGAAAUGUUUCAAAUGUUAAGGCCAUUAAAAACUGACUCACUUAACUAUUCGACUUUCUUUAACCCAUCAUCAUUAACACAUUCGAUACUAUCACCAAAUAAACUAUUUAAUUUCAGACAUAGUGAAACGGAAAAAGUUAAUCAUUUAAACAAGAGGAUUACUGAAGAUAUUGUACUUCCUGAAAAUUUAUCUUUGCCUCAAUCAACAAAUCAACAAAGUACCAACACCCCUAAUAAUAAUUCCCCUAUUCCUAAUGGUGCACUUUCGACAAAUGAACCCUUUUCAGUAUCUUCACUAUCAUCACCAUCAACGACGUUUCUAUGGCAAAAAAUGUUUGAAUGGUAUUCAAACCAAAUACAACAACAACAUCAGUAUCAGCAACAACAAUCAAGCCUACCGACGGAUUUAUUGCAAUACUUAACUCGAAUUCAUAGUGAACGUGAUAAUUGUGAAGUGAAGGGUACAAUUUAUGCUGGAAACAAUAAUAGUGAUAAAACAUUAUUUGAAUCUAGCAAUUAUAUUAAUACAAUAUUCAACCAACACAGAGAAGACUCUGUAAAUAUGAAUAAGUCUAAUGAUAAUGGUGAUAAGAAUUUGAUCCCGUUGAACAUUGAUAAAACAUCAUAUUCAACACAUGAACAGACAUUAAAUCAUCCAAGUACACCUUUAACAACUUUAAAACAUGAAAAAGAUUUCACAGUAAAUAAGAAAGGAUCUGUAAAUAAUUUGAAAAUAAACAUAAAAGAAGUAAGUCAAGGAAAAGAUUAUGAAGAUCAGGAAGACACAGAGAAUCUCUGUAAUAAUUUCCCACCUAACCAACUUGUCAUUUCAUCAGAACAGAUUCAAAUGUCAUGUGAUAGUUCCGAGGAAUCAUCUCUAGAAGUUUAAAUUUGUAUUAUUCUUAACGAAAAGUAACUUAAAAAGUACAAUAUUCUUUUAUUAAUUCAUUAAAAUUCAUCCCAAGGAAAAUAUUUUUUUCUCAGAAUAUAUUAUUUAUUCUCCUUUUCUUUCCACUACUGUAUAAAAUGCAUUACUGACAGUUAUAACCACUAUAAAAACAGUUAUCAUUACAUUCCUACAUUUUUGCGGUAGUUACACUUUUAAGCUGUCGAAAUAUAUGUGCUACACUUUAAUGUGCCCUUUUUUUCAUAAUCAUUCUUGUUCAUAAUCUUGAUUCCUUGUAGAAGGAACUUCAAAAUGUGCUAAAGGCCAAGUGAUAUAUUUGAACAAGUUAAUUUCAAAUAGAAUUGAAUGGAACUAGAGAAUCAAUCCAAAUAUUUCUUUCUUUUGUGAAUGCAUUUAGUUUUUAUUUGUUUGUAAAUAAAUACCCUCAGCAUUUAUGUUAAAUAUACGUGGUUGUAUUCAUGUUU